AUUACAAUUCUCCACGUUUCUCGCUACUAGAGCUUAGUCUUCGGUUAAUCGAGCUACGUAGCAGACGUGAUCCUCUGGUGGAAGAAACGACCAAACUCUCAAGAUGAACCAUUUCCUAACGACUCUGUUGUUGAUCGGCGCGGUGACCAUUGCUCGUGCGGAAGUAAUUCCAUUUGAAAAGUGUAACGAAAGUGUGAAAUGUACAGUUCACGAGGUUCGCGUGGACCCCUGUCCGGAAUCGGCCCAGAAUAAGCCAUGUGUGAUGGUGCGGGGUACCAAUGCGACGAUCGCCUUCGAUUACACUCCUGACUUCAGCUCCCAAGUGGCUACUGCCAAGGCAUUCUGGGCUUCUGCGGUUGAUCUCCCCUUCGCUGGGUUGGACCAAGAAGGAUGCAAGUACACCACUUGUCCUGUCGUAUCCGGCCAAAGGCAAAGCUACUCCUAUGAUCUGCCCAUUAUGAAGUCUUACCCAAUGCGGCAAUACAAAGUCAAGUGGCAACUGCUUAAUGAAGCUAACGAGAUGUGCUGUUUCAUGAUUGAUAUGGCAAUCAAGGCCAAGAAGGGUCGCAAGAAUUAGUUUUAAGAUUUUUUAAUUUUUGUUUCAUUAAAGAGUCUAUUAAUGUAAAGUAAACUGUUUUGUAUAUGCUUAAUUCACUUAGUGUAACUACAUAGAAUGAGAAAAGUCGUCCGUGGGAUUAAUGAUGGAUGAGUCCAAUAAAGUUGUAGUGACAUACGGAACAUAGAAUAAUUGGAAAUUGUCUAUCUCUUGCAAUCUAAACGUCGACAAAACUGGAGUGAUCGUAGUUUGAGUAUCGAAUCUAAAACCAUGGAAAUUGUAUGCAACAUUUUAUGUCAAAAUAUUAUCGAGAAAUUAAAAUAUA